GGUUUCCGGUUCCGGCGAGGGCAAGUUGGGCUGCGGCGAGGCGGCAUGGGCGCGCGGACAGGACGGCAGUAGUCUCGGGCCGUCUCCUGGUAACCGCCGCCAUGGCCGAGCGGGAGCACCAGAGCCUCGAUGAUUUCUUCGCCAAAAGAGACAAGAAGAAGAAGAAAGACAAAACCAAAGUGGCGAAGGCAGGGCCGGCCGCGCCGCCCAAAGCUGCCGUGGCGGCCGAGCCCGUGGCCUUGUCGGCCGAGCCUGCACCGGCCCCGGCCUCGGCCCCGGAGCCGGCCGUGACUGCGGCCUCGCUCACCGACCCGGCCGCGGCGUCCGCUGACGCGGCGCCGGCAACGGCCCCCGCCCCGACCGGAGUCGCCAAGAAGCCUAAGAAGGAGAAGGAGCGGAUGGCGAAGGGGGAGAACCAGGACCCGCAGCAGGAGCGGCCCAGGGAGGAUGAGGAAUGGAAGGAGUUUGAACAAAAGGAAGUUGAUUACAGUGGUUUAAGGAUCCAUGCCUUACAAAUCAGUGAUGAAAGAGAGGAAGAAGAUAAUGAGAAGAAAGAAGAUCAAGAUGAGGAUGGAGAGAAUAUCUCGUAUAGAGAAGGGGAUAGGACCAUUGGACCUUGGAACAAGAUAACGCCAGUGCAGGCACCUGUCACUGUAGUUGAAGAAGUCCCAGAAGCAAAACCAUCUGGUGUAUAUCGGCCUCCUGGAGCCAGAUCGGGUAAUGUGAGAAGAACACAAUCACAAGGACCACCCGAGAUCUUCAAUGAUGCACAGUUUCCAUCCCUACAAGCAUCAGCAAAGCAUGUAGAAACCAGAAAAGAUAAAGAAAUGGAAAAGACCUUUGAGAUGGUGAAAUACAAAAGCAGAGCCAGAGAGGAUGGUUCUAAAAAUCAGUCCGUUCAGCUAGAACUUGGCAACCAGUUUGCUGUUCUUGAAGAGCAGUAAAUAUUGGUGCAUAUUUUACAGACUGCUGCUCUGUGUUCCAUCCCAGGUAACUAAGCAACAUGGAACCCACCUGUCUUCACAUAAUGCCAGAAAAAUGUUUAAUUGAGGUGGCAUAGGCUUCUGUGGACAAACGAGGCAUCUGCAAGGCAUCAUGGGAAUUUUAAGCUUGAAGCACAAUAACUGCUGUCAUCUGCUAUGGACUCGAAUUGAUACAAGGGUUUGAAUGAAGUGUCAGUCUUGGAAUGACAUUUUUUUGGAUAAAGAUUGAAAAUGCAGCCAUUAAGUGGUCCAUUUGUUUAUAAUCCUGCUUUCUAGUUGAAUGUUGAGCCUCAAAGGUGACUACCUCAGUUUGGCAGUGAGAACUGUGGACACCAUUUUGACCGUACCUCGUUUGCCAUCACUUUUUUAAAGGAGUGUUACAACACUAGUUCAACAUUAUAGAGUAUUAAUCUGCUAAAUUCCUGGGAGCAGAAAUAGAAAUUGUAUGACAGUCUACAAAUUGAAUUUGAGGCUGCAUAACAUUAAGUGACCUUACCGUAAAAUAAAAAUCUUGUGUGGCAUCUAUUAAAACAUCUGGUUUUCAAGUUGGGGCUAGGUGGUUGCAUGCAAAAGCUUGGACUGCAUCACCUCCUUGCUUAAGAUUAUUCACAGUCUGUUUUUGGAAAUAAUGCAGAAAUGAAAUACACAGCAGUGUCCUUCUCCAAGUAUCCUUGAUGCUCAAAGAACUAUAAUCUAACUUGGAUCUUGGGUAAAUAUUCAUUUGAGAUUUACAUUUACUUUUUAAGUGGCAACACUCGCAAGACCACACAGUCCUCAAAUCUUCAACUUUGUAAGAACGGUAGAAAACUAAAGUGGUGACCAACAGUUAAAACCUAGAAAUGGGGGACGGGAAAACAGGGAUUUGCAAACAAGUGUUCCUUUUAGAAUUAUUUGCAUAAUCUCACCUGAACAAUCAAAAUCUAGUGUUUGUUAUGUGACAUGAAUGAUGACACUUGUCACAAUCUCUGGAGGUUGAAUUUAAUUCAUCCUACUUUUGUGUAUUUAUAUAAUUAACUAUUAUGAAACCUUAACAAGGGGAAAAUAAAGCUUAAGGUUACAGUUCAAAAAUGACAACUGUACAACUAUUUAUGAAGACUGGUACAGUAUUUUCUUAAAGCUUUAAGACCACUUUUAGAAUUGGGCAUAGUGAAAUAAGUGCAUCUUAGGCUCUGACCAGUUGCAUUUUGAAAUUCCCUUCCUUUUAACUUGCAAUAAAACUAAUUCUCUCUUCAAGAACUAACAGCAACACUUGGUAGGCAUUAUUGGAUUGUUUUAACAUGCAGAUUUAGAACCUAUUUUGUGCUAUACAAAUGGAACAGCAGCUAUUGUCUGAACAUAUUUGAAUCCUGGGCAUGUAUUAUGGCUGUACUGGUGGAAAAAGAAAUAAAUCAAUAAAUCUGCAACAUGUGAAUAUUUUGUCUCUUUAUAAUGGCUAUAAAUUGCUGCAGGAUUAGUUGGAGCAAUAACUAUUGGAUUUUUGUGAUUUGUGCCUCAAUCUUUUGCAAUAGGUGACAUGGUAAGGUUGGGGUGGGGGGAAGAAAGAUAAUUCAACUGAUACUCUCAGUUGCAGGCCUGUUUCAUGUCAGCUACUAGAACGACUACACUCCAUUGAGGUAUGUCUAUUGGUAGCAGUUGGCAUUGUACUGGGAUUUAACUUGGUUUUCAAAACAUUGUAUAACAGAGGACAUUUUUCAGUAUUGUAUCCAAAGUCAUUUUUUGUUCAUGAAGUUAACAGUGAAAAUGUGCUUGGACAUCUUAUUUUAUACUACAAGGAGACUUCCUGUAAUAAGUGAGAAUAGUUGCAGAGUUUCCAUUAUAGUUUAAGGGACACCUGCCACCAUAUCUCUUCAGUCCCAUAUUCUCGUACAGUUGAAGGUAAUCAUACUGCCAGUGCAUUGCCUGUGAGAGCAAUUGAAAAAGACUUUAACCAAUUUCAUUUGUUUGAGAAGAAGUUUUUAUCUAAAAUUAAGUAUCAGCCUCGUAACAAUUACUCAGCUUAGUCGAAUCCAGUGCAUACUUCUAAUGCUUCUUGUAUACUAAUCAAAGUUUAUCAGUUGCUGGGCAAAACAAGUUGAAAUGCUGACAAUCUAAAAUAAAACACUGCUGCAAAUGCACAAUUGGGUUUUGCAGUCAGUAUUGAAAAGUGGCAGUAAAUCAAAUAGCAAAGCAAACAAUAGCUGCAAAUAGAAGGAGUACCAAAGGUCAAAUGGCAGUUCUAAUAUGAUUUAAUGCAACAAUGUAUUUGAUGGGUUAGUGAGGCUGAAGACUGCUACAUCCCCCAGGCCAAGCUACGAUGAUUCUCUUUUAAUGCAUUGAUCAGAUCUUGCACAGUAAUUUUUUCACUGUUUCAAACGAAACACAUGUAAGUGGAAAAGGCGGAGGAAUCGAAGAAUAAAGGUUUAUGGCCAGUGUUUAAUUGGUAUAUAAAAUGGAAUAUGAGAUGAAAUAUUAAGCUAUUUAAAUGUGGAACAAGAUUAUAAAAUGAACCUUGAGGGGAAAAAUACUAAACAAUCGAAUAUCUCAUUCUCCUACCUUAUCUAGUAGGUUCUUGAGGUUUCAAAAUCUAGUUGGACGUUGAACUGCAGUUGUUUAAAAGUAAAGAGUUAACUUGACAGUCCAGCAUCUUGUGAGCAAAAAUCAUGGGUGGAUCCAGCAGGAAUCUUGUCUGCCUCAUGACUUCAUACUACAUAAAGCUCCACAAUAUGGAUGUCAGAAACGUAUUCCGAGUGUAAAGCUGAGACCUUUGGCUAACCCUGAAGUAUGUGGAGGCUUAAUCUGAAGAAUUGGGCAAGACCUCACCAAGGCACUGAUGAGUAACUGUGGAAGAUGCAGCCAGAUCUAGAGUGCUACAAUAUUGUUCAGACUUGGUGCUGGAAAACCAAUGAAGGUUGAAAGAUACUGCUAUCAUUUCUCUUGGAGCAGUGACAGCACUUAAUGCAUUCAGCUGUUGAGUUGGAAUUGUUUCACAUGCAGUGUAAACCAUUAAAGUUCUAAAUUGAUUACUUCUA